AUGGAAGUACCGGCAGAAUUAUUGGCAUACACCAGUCGAAACCCACUAGAGGCCAUACUCAAUCGAUUCCGAAGCACUUUUGAUACUAGCAGUAACCCAAUAGAUGGUGAGAUUUUAUCACUGAUUUCAAUUCGAAGGCUAAUUAUGGAAUACACAACUGGUGAACAUCGAAAUGAAGAAAUAUUAGCCAUACGACAACUCCUUCUAAAACUACUUCUUAAACUAUCAACAAAUCAGAUUCCCGUCUCCUAUUUUAGUGAUCUAAUAGCAUUGAUCAAAGGUUUUGCUGGUGAUCAUGAAAUUUGGUCUACCGUGAUCCAGAUCGCUGAUCGUAUCGACAAAGAAGAUCAACCUACCAACACUGCCCCUCAAACUAUUGUAGCUAAGAAAGAAUAUUCGACGGCCACUAAAGUCCAAAGCGCUAUGGAACCAGCAGGUUAUGAUGCCAACGCUACUCUACUGACAAUUGCGCUCAAAAGCGAGCUUAAAGGCAAGAUUUAUAGAAAUGUCGAUAAAUUUUGGGAAAAAUAUAGCCAAGAUUGUAAAAGUAGAAGUGGUAACGUCUUCUCAGACAACAUGGAUGAAAAAGCGAUACGAAGCUGGAUGCAUGCAUUUCGAGAUCGUUACCUGAUUCAGUUUAUGAAAAGUUCGAAUAAGACAGGGAAAAACCAGCCAGCUGUUCAAAGAGAACUGAGAAAAUCUUAUGUGCGUGGUAAAUUUUGUAAUACAUUAAAAUCAGGAGAACUCAUAGGUGGUUUGAACAAUUGCCAAGUGGACUUUUUUAUUAAGAGUUCUGAUAUCGCUGACAAUGUUGAACAUAAAUGGAGAGAUGUCAGAGUCGUGGGAGAAAUAACCUCUUCGAAGGAAAAGAUAUCUGAUAAGAUCCAUCAGUUAAUGAGGUAUAUGCGCGAAAUCUUCUAUUCGCAGCCGCUUCGUCGAUUUGCGCAUGGGUUCUGCUUGCACAAGAAUCACAUGGAGCUCUGGAUUGUCGAUCGGGCAGGUGCAUAUAGCUCUGGAGAAAUAGACCUGUCGAAGAGCCAUGAAAAACUCAUCCGGGUAUUGUCGUCAUACAUGCUCAUGAGUGACGAGGAUCUUGGAUUGGACCCAAUCACUAGCUACGAUAGUGACGGUCGGUGUUUCGUGACCGUUCCAAACGGCAUGACAUCAGUGGAAAAAAUUGAGGUGAACCCCUUACCUAUAGCUCGGCCAGAAACCAUAGCUUCGCGAGGAAACACGUGCUUAGAGACGAAGGAUAGCAUGUAUAUGCUAAAGUUCUCUUGGGGCUCUGAGAUUGUGGAAUCCGAGACCAAAAUUUUGAAAAAAGUAAAAGGCGUGACAGGCGUCAUCACUUUGAACUACUCUUCGGAUCUAUAUAACAUCGAUACACACCGACACGGAAUGGAAUUUACAGAAGACAAAAAAUUCAAGAUCAAUGCUGAUGAUGCAGCCCUCUCUUAUGGCGUCGUGACGAAUUCUCGGGCCAAUAUAUCAUACAUUAAACGUAAACUUACUUACGCAAAGUUGUCACCGGUCGGACGACCCCUUCAAUCUUCCUCAACGGUACGGGAAUUUGUACGGGGCAUACGAGACGCCAUUAUCGGCCAUCGCAAUUUAUACGAUAAAGGGAUCAUUCACGGUGAUAUCUCGGCCGGUAACAUCAUUCUGACUAAGGCGGACGUAACGGGUGCAAGUGAAGGGUUGCUUAUUGAUCUAGAUAUGGCUUCUUUUCGUGAGGAGAUAAAAGGUAAGAAACAGCGUGAAAGGAUAACCGGAACUUUAAAGUACAUGGCGCUGGAACUUUUAGAAGCUAUUGACGAAAAGGAAAACACCCUAAAGCAAACUUACCGUCAUGAUCUUGAAUCAUUCUUCUACGUUCUCAUAACUGGAUGUAUGAGCUAUUGUCGUAAAGAAGCUCCAAAACAUCUCCAAAACUGGUAUUCGUCUAACUCUACGUUGUGUUUCACAUCAAAGAAAGGUGAUGUCAUAUUUGAAUUUCAAAAACAAAUAUUAAAGUACUUCACGCCCACGUUUGAAUGUCUUCAGAAGCUGGCACGGAGUCUUCGCCAAAUACUCUUUGAAGACGAAUCGGUCGGAUACAGGACACCGGAAGAUCCAAACGUGCUGUAUGAGCCUAUAAUCCGUGCCUUCGAUGACACUAUCCAGGAACUUGAAGGUGAGAAAGUUUUCAAUUAA